AUUUCAUAUUUGAGUGGUCUCUGUGCAAGAGGGGAGAGUUUAUCAUACGAAAAUCGAGCUGGAGUGAACUGCUGUCUGUAAACUCGAGCAGUGAGAGUGUUGCGGCUGUUUGGCUGAUAUCUCGAGUUAUACCAAUCCAAAUAAGGCGUGCAAGAUACCAAAAGAAAUAUCUCAAGACGAGGAAUCCGUGAAGGUCUGUUUUGCAUCAAUCGGAGUAGUGUAAGGCUUCCAAAUCGUCCGAGCAAAACACGACCUUGCAGAAACGGAUUUACUCUCCUAAAGAACCGAGUUCGCCGGAAAACACCCAUUCUAGGGGCUGUUUUCGUAUCGACGUUUAGAGGUUGAGCUAGCACUUUCGGGAGGCUGUUUAACUCUCAUAUUUAAGCAAGGAAUCAGUUCUUAACCCACCUUGACCGAAUCUUUGACCAUUGGAUCAAGAAGGAAAAGUUUAAAGCUCAAUUAAGGUUGAUGCUAGAGCUUGCAAUUUGUGCUCGUUGAUUGAGUGAUUCCUCGGAGAGAACACUUGAAAUAACCGUGGUGGCAAGGUUACUAGGAGGAUCCCGUUGGGCUGUGCACCGGUGGAGACUGGGCAGGGCAGUCAUAGGACCUCUAGGGCAUCUAGAGGAGCGGGCCAUGGAGGCCGAUCGCAGACCGUGAGCGACGGUCAUGUGAGCACCGAGAAUGAGAGCUACUGGUCCUAUGAGGACUCGACCUAUCAACCGGAAACCGAGCCGGUUGAGACCCCUUAUGAAGGGGAAGAUGAUGAUGUAAGUGAUGAGGAGGAAAAUGGCUCCUUAGCACGGAUUGAAGCACUACUCCAACAUUACCACCGUGAGCGUGAGGAGAGGAGGGAACACCGAAGGCGCAAAGCUGGGCAACCUUCGGGCGGGGCUUCAAGAGGGAGAAGCCAUGGCGACUCUAGGGCCCACAUUGAACCACAUGGGGCCCCGGGUGAUGGAGGUCCAAUCAUAAGGAUCUCCAAAUACAUCAAAGAGGCACGAGACUUGGGGUGCAAACCGUUCGAUGGAAUGGGUGACAUCUCCAUUUCGGCGCAGUGGAUUAAGAGGCUGAAUGAGGCAGCCCUGGACAUGCAACUCACCCCCGAAUAUAAACUAAGGGUUGCGGUGAGAUUACUUGAAGGUAUGGCAUCCAAGUGGUGGGAUGGGACCAAAAGCAAAUAUGGUGAGACCGUCACUUGGGAGAAUUUACGACAGGAAUUCUUUGCACAAUACUACUCGGAUUUCGAGGUGAACAAAAAGGUGAGAGAAUACACCCUUCUAACCCAAGGGGGUAACAUGACGGUGAGGGAACUUGAGUACAAGUUCAGGGACCUUGCCGACUACAUACUGGAGUAUGCUUGUGACAAGAACCGGAUGGUGAAACACUUCUGGGAUGCUCUCGACUUGGAGAUACGUGACAGGACAACACAAUUGCCUAACAUGACGUUCGCUCAAGUGGUUGACCAAGGGUUGAAAGGAGAGAAACAAUGGGAAGAAAGGAAGAAGAGAGACGCCGAGGAGGCGAAAAAGAGAAAGUGGGAGAGUCAUGGCUCUCAAGGUUCUAACAAGAAAGAGAACCAUGGAGGAGGAUCUUUCCGGGCACCACCGCCACCAUCUAGGGGGAACCAAGGCCCAAGUGGGCAAGGCUCGAGAUCACAGGCCUCAGUGGUAACUCGUUGCAACAAUUGCAAGAAGAACCACCCCGGUAAAUGUCGUGACCCUCCUAGAUGUUUCCAAUGCGGGGAUGCCGGGCAUUUGAAGGCGCAUUGCCCACAACUGGGCGGGGCAAGGACAUCGGGACCGAGUAAUGGCACGAUGGGUAUACGGAACCAAAUCGGGGCUUCUCAAGCAAGCCGGGGACAUGGGGGAGCAAGUACGAGCAACGCGCCAUCCGUGAAUCAAGGAAGGACUCAAGCUAGAGUCUAUGCGAUGACGGAGGCAGAUGCUCGAGCGAACCCGGAUUCCAUUGCAGGUGAUGAUGCUAAUGUUGAUUGAUGACUGCUUGAGCCCGAGAGCAUUCUAGAAGAUACCUUAGUUAAACCUAGUCUGGAAUAAACAUUUUAUUUAUGUUAUGAACUCAUAGAUUAACUAUUACUAUUUUUUUUUGGCCUGUGCAUCCGACUAUGUUUGGUCGGAUGUGGCGGUAACACCUUCUUAUUUCAAGAUUUCCGCUGUAUUUCGUCAAUUAUAUUAUGAAUGAAUAAAGAUUUUACUUCAAAC